AUGUGGAGCCUAGAAAAAGAGCAACUAUUAAGGAAGAAAGGAAUAGAUCUUGAUAUAUAUGUUAGUAAUUUUCUAAUAGAAAUGAUUGAAUUACUUAAAGAUGAUCUUAAAAAGGCAUAUGUAAUGAUGGUAUUAGGGUCAUGUAUUUUUGCUUUCGAUAACAUCAUAGCUUAUAAAGCUUUUGCUGAGAAUGCUUUUGUAUCCUCAAAAAUGAACCUUUUUCUAGAUGGUUUUGUUCCAAAAAUGUGA